AGAUGUCUGUCUUCAUCUGUCAGCGACAGGUGAUUAAACCCAAACACCAAAUAUCUGUCUCGUGAACUCGCUCAUGACGAAACAUCAAGUGUUGAUCCAGUCAUACCACCCGUUUUCCAAUCGUCUUGAGCAGUUGGUACAAUUCACAGAUUGAAGUCAUGUCGGGGGAUAAUGUUGUUCCUCGAAAUGAUGCCAUUUCUCGAGUGAAUGAUGGCCCGGGGGACCUAUCACUCGUCAAACACACUAGUGAUGACAAGGACAAUAAGUUUUAUGGAGUUUUGUUCCUCGGAGCAGUCACUGGCAUCUCCGCAAUCAUCGGAUUUGGCACGACAGUCGCAGCUGUUCGAAAGAAAGACCCCAAAUACUUUGAAGAGGGAGUGGUCGGGGUCAAGGGUUCCACGGAGGCUGGGGUCUCCCUCGCGAUGAGGGCUCUGGGGUGGGGAACGGUUUACGCAGUCACCGGUUGCAGUUUGAUAUUCUACGGAAUCUGGAAAUUAUCUGGGGCGACUAAUGCCCGAGAGUUCCGGGAGAAAAUGGGAUCGAUCCUCCCCAGGAUACCCAAGAACAAUCCACCCCAGAGCAGAACUGAAUUCGAGGGCCUCAACGAUCUCCUGACGUACAUCUCGGACGAGUGGGGCAAGGACAAGUCCAAGGAUAACAGCAAAUGAUUGUCAUUGUUGUUCUGCAUGAUUGAUAAUUGUCUGUAUAUACUCAAGUAUUAAUCGUUUAUUAUUUUCAUUUUCGAACUUGCGAGGAUUCGAUGAUUUGUAAAGACGUUUGA